AUUUUAGCAACAUUUUUCAUCUCUCUCUUCUUCCCUAUUCCUUUCAUCUCUCCCUAGUUGCUCUCUCUCUCUCUCUCCCUGCGAGUUCUCAUCAGCUUCGGAGAAGAGAAGCAGCUAGCUAGCUAGCUAUCAGCUAGCAAACCUAGGCACACAGGACCCACAAUAACCAGACGAUCCCAGACACUGAAACCCAUCUGAAAAAGCCUGGAAAAGACUCCUACUUAGGAAUUUUCUCUCGGGAUUCGUUCCCGUCCUAAUAUUCCUUCUUUUUCUCUUAAAUUAAAUCCCUCAUGUCGCUGUGAAAUCAAUAUCAGAUACACGCGCAGAUGAAGCUAGCUAGUUUGAUGAAGAUGGAGCUGUGAAUAAGAUUCCCAGGUUGUGGCUGUGAGCGACUACUAUCAUGUGGCGGCUCUUGGUGUUUGUUUUAUAAGUUGCAGGCAAAGGACGAUAUUUUUCUUUUCUGUUGCCCCUGGUCCUUCCUAAAUCCUAAGUACUCAGUUCAGAGAGACAAGAGAGAAGAGAGAGAGAAAUAUCAAUGAUGAUCACAGCUUGAGGGUCAUCAUCACCCAUCUGGUCUUCUUCUACUUGUGAACAGAUAUAACUCUAUCUUUUUCUUCUUGCUUGCUUUAUUUUUCAUGGGACUCUCCUUGUUUGCUUAUUAACAGAACUCGUCCGAUAAAAAAGCUCCCCCUCCACUAACCACCGUCCGUCACCACGCUCUUCCUUUUCCGGUACUAUCUGGUGAAAGAUCAGUCGACGAUAGUUAUGAAACCUGGGCUGGAGAAACUACAUCUCAUGCACUUGUGAUAAAAAUAAGGAACUACUGAUUGAUGGCUGGAGAGAUGUGUGACGACAAGCCCAGGGAGAUGGUAUCAUCGUCAGCUGGAUUCUGCUACUCCGAGGUAUCAACGGGCAACCCAGGGAUCCAAAGCCAUAUGGGGAAUCAUCAGAUCCAAGGGUUUGAAUCCGACCCGGACAUGUUCAGCCUGACGGCGAGCAUGGACAUGAUUGGCUUCCCCAAGAAUCUUCAGCAGCAAAGUGAAAGUAACAGCCUCGUUUGGAAAAGCUUUCUGGGUAAUAAACCCACCCACCACAAUCCGGGUCCUUCUUCUUCCAAGACGACCAUGAAUAAUGAGUCUGGUUCCACCAAUUUCUAUCAGUACACCAAACCAGAUUUCACAUCCAACGAUAAUGAUCUGAUUGUAGGAGGAGCUCCAAAUCAUCAUGAUUCUUCGUCUACCGCUUGGCCAGAUAACAGGUUACUUGUGGAUGAUUCUUCUUUAAGGUGUGUGUUCCCUUGCGAAGGAAACGAAAGGCCCAGUCAGGGCCUUUCGCUCUCUUUGAGCUCCAAUAAUCCCUUAAGCAUUGGGUUACAAUCUUUUGAACUAAGACAGACCAACAACCACCACCAUCAUCAGAACCAACCGGACUUUGUUUCUUCAACUAGUGGAGACAAGUUAUUGUUGGGAAAAUCAGUGAAUCAUCCUCAUCAUCAUCAACAACAACAAGAAGCUGGUAAUCUGUAUCAAGGCCAUUUUCUGCUUAAGAACUCCAAAUAUUUGGUUGCUGCACAGGAACUUCUCAACGAGUUUUGCAGUCUGGGAACGAAGCAAAGUGACAUAGUGAAGCAAAAGUCGUCAUCAAGUCAGAAAAACCAACAGUGGGAAGAUGAUAACGGAAUCGGUCCCUCCAAGAAGCAUCCCGUUGGCUCUCUAGAAUUUAUCGAAUUACAGAAAAGAAAGACCAGACUACUCUCCAUGCUUGAAGAGGUUGAGAGGAGAUACAGGCACUACUGCAACCAAAUGAAGGCGGUGGUGUCGUCGUUUGAGGCGGUGGCCGGGACCGGAGCUGCGAGGGUUUACUCGGCGUUGGCAUUGAAGGCGAUGUCGAGGCAUUUCAGGUGUCUGAAAGAUGGGAUAUUGAGUCAGAUAGAAGUGGCAAGAAGAGGCAUGGGAGAGAAAGAUCCAGUUGCACCAGGAACAACAAGAGGUGAAACGCCAAGACUCAGAAUCAUAGACCAAGCUCUCAGACAACAGAGAGCUUUCCAACAAAUGAGCAUGAUGGAGAGUCAUCCAUGGCGACCCCAAAGAGGCCUUCCCGAAAGAUCCGUUUCAGUUCUUCGAGCUUGGCUUUUCGAGCAUUUUCUUCAUCCGUACCCAAGUGAUAUGGAUAAACAUAUCUUAGCUCGCCAAACUGGUCUCUCAAGAAGCCAGGUGUCAAACUGGUUUAUUAAUGCAAGAGUGAGGCUGUGGAAGCCAAUGGUGGAAGAGAUGUACUUGGAGGAAACAAAAGAGCCUGAAAACAACAUGGCCUCUUCUGAGGGGGUCACUGAUCCCGCCGUGGACGACAACAUCUUGACCUGCAGCCGGAACCUCGAUAACCCACCUCCGACAACGCGUCUGGUAGAUCAAAAGCCGCUCCAGAACCACCGGUUGCUUCGAAUAGACUCCGAGUGUGUGUCUUCUAUCAUAAACAACAACCCAGAUCACAAAAACGAAUCCACCAAGAACAAUAAUCCGCAAGAUCACCAGUGUGGUACAUUUGGAGCUGGAGAGCUUGACUUUUCAUCAUACAACACUCACAACUCUGCAGCUCGCAUGGUUUCUUACAGUAGUGAGAAUGGGAAUAAUAGUAAUCAGAACUAUAACAGUGGAGGUGUUUCAUUGACGCUAGGGUUACAGCAGCACGGAGGAAGUGGGGUGAGUCUGGCGUUUCCUCCGCCGUCUCAGGCGUCACUGUUCUAUCCAAGAGAUCAAAUGGAAGAUUGUCAACCUGUUCAGUACUCGCUUUUGGACGGUGAAGCUCAAAAUCUUCCUUACAGAAAUUUAAUGGGUGCACAGUUGCUCCAUGACUUGGCGGGAUAGAUGCUUCAGUACUUUAAUUAGAUAGGUACUAAUAUAUAUAUAUAUAUAUAUAUAGUUAUAUACACACACACUUGUCACUUGUUAAGCAUCAUUUACAUUAAUUAAGGCUACAUAUAUAGUUUGAUCUUUUGAACCAUGUGCACUCUCUCAGGGCUCGUCUGAUUUGGAAUUGGAAUUGUCAAGUGAUUGAUGAUGCAAAGAUUAUAUACGUAUUUCAUUUAAUGCUUUCGUUUA